GACUCCAUAGACUGAAGUCUUAAAAUUGACAGAGAUUUCUCAACAAAAGAUAUCUGGUACCCGCAAAAAGAGCACUUUACUAGACUUGGUUUGUUUUGAUUAGGGUCUAACAGAAUAAUUGUUGCUUAAGCUCAUAGAAUCCUUGACCAAGUGAUACGAAUUACCAAUGAAUUAUUUGGUAAAAAGUAGAAUAUUGGAUUACUUGUUUAAGAAAGUAGUCAAGAAGGCUUGACUCUCUUUUGACGAAGGAUUUCAGUUGAAAAUACGAACAGAAUUUUUUUGACAAAGUAGCGCAUGCGCAGACCAACUUCACAAGUCUUUUGUUAACGAAAUACCACAAGAGAAUGACUUCUGAAAGCAAAAGUGCUGCAGCCAACCACAAAUGAUAAAUAUUCCACGAUGUCUGCAACUGAAAACAGCAUUAGCAUCGAGGAAGAGAUAGAGCGAGAGAUUGAGAAUUUUCAAAUCGAUUUGUCCGACGACGAAUAUUGUGAAACGAAAGAAAAUGAUCACAGUGAAGGUAUUGUAGCUGAUUCAAUGAAUGUAUCGACCAAUUCUCUUCUCAGAGCAACGAUUUGCGAGUUAGAGAGAGCGCUGAAAGACACAAGGAGACUGCUAUUCGAUAGAGAUAAAGAGAAUUCCUCGCUUCGACAAGAGCUGGAGAAAACGAGAAAAGAUCUUCGAAAAGAACAAUCGCAAAGAAAGAAAUUCACCCAGGAAACUGAAGAAAAGUUCAAAUCCUACGAUGAAAUCGAAGAAAUGAAUAAAAAACUGAAACAAGAAGUGUUAGAUUUGAAAGAAAGACUGGAGAAAAAAGGAACGGAGGAAGAUCCAGAUGAAGAUCCUGAGGAAAUCAUCCCUUGUUGUUCGUCAAUGAACGAGCUGCUACAGAUGAAAGAAAAAUUCAAAACCGUUCAAAAAGAAUUUGAAGAAUUUAAAUCAAAUAAUCGAAUAAGCGAAGACUGUAGGCUUUCGUCUUUAAGUACUUCGGUCAAUCUCGUCUCAAAUCCUGCCACUGCAUCGAAACAAGCACAAAGGGAACUACAGACUCAACUCAGAAUCAAAUUCCUUCGCGAUGCGUUCUUCUAUUACAUGAUUGACUUUCAUCCCGACGAGCAAAUGAAAGCUAUUUUAGCCAUUCUCGAUUACGAUGACAAAAGACACGAUAUUAUUAUUGAAUCGCAUAAAAUGAAGCGACAAGGGAAGAGGUUUACAGUCAGUGAGGUUUCGAGUCGUUCUUUAACGUUCGUACAAGAACAUACGAUUUAGAAAUAAAGCGGUUUUCGUUUAAGUGGGAAACGAUACGGCAAAUUCGUGGCCGCACCGCCGUGUAGCCGUGGCGUACCUUGCCGUAUAGUGCAGUUUCGUAUCACUGUGAAAAGCUCACGGCACGAACACGGUCGUGACACAGCAAGGGAUACGCCAGACAAAUCAUUUUGCACGAGAAUUUACUCUCCAUCCAAUCUAAU